GUUGUCAUAUUCUAUUUCCAGGUUUUUGGCUCCUCUGUCACCAUGUCCAGGAAGAGACUUUUCCAAGUGGUGCCUCCUCAAUUUCACUAUGGUCUUUCACAGGUUAUACCAUUGUGUGAUUUGGAUGGAGGGCAUGUGCUUCUUGGAUUCACUGCUCAUGGGGAAUUCCUUGUAUCCUACUUGGAAAGCCCACCAAGACUGGACUUCACAUUUAGACCAAUGUCACUGAGCAACUGCAAGUAUAAGCUCUUCUGGUGGAAAUGGAGCCCAAAUGAAAAAGCAAAAAAGGUGGCUGAAGUUCCAUUGUUUGAGGAAGGGAACAUCGAGAGGCAGAUCAAUAUAUUCUUCUUCCAGUGGCCUCAGGAUCCCAAUCGAGUUCUCAUUCUUGGAUACAGCAACGAGGAGACAAGGUUGAAGCAGGUCUGCAAGUGUUACAUCACAAUCACUUCCAUGCCUGCCUUGUCCAAAUGCAGUCGUUGUGAUUCUUUCACUCCUGAAGAUGAUGAUGAUUUGGAUGUAUCAUUUGACUCAGUUCCCUCGCAUCUGUGCCUGAAGCAUGGGAUGACACUUCACACAUUUGUGGAACUAGUACCCCCUGUUCUCCAUGUCCAGCCCCAUUUGUUAACAGAUGGGAGCCUUGUGAUCAACACUGGCAUCUUCCUGCACUCUGUCCAGAUGUCCAUGAAGGAGCAUGAGAAACACACCAACAGCUGUGAGAAAAGGUGUAUGGCUGUGCAGUGCUCUGAUAUUGUGACAAGGGAGCAUGAUCUAGAAGACCUAGAGAGCAUCUCCAGUGAGAGUACAGAUGUCCACAGUGUUCUUUCUGAGUGCCUAUCUGAGUCAUGGUGCAGUCCCAGGAGAGGAAGUGAUAUUGAAGAUGUUACCAUGGAAGAGUCGUUGCCACUGGGCCGAUUCAAUCGACGCACAGGCUUCAAAGCCCAUGGCCGUCGUCAGGCAGAACCUGAAAGGAAGACUCGGACAAACCUAUCAAUUCAGACCCUUGCUGAAGCUGCCUAUGAAUUUGUGGAAGAAGGAAAUGCUCCUGUGAAUGAAAAGCUGAGCAUGUUUCGAAAGCGACGGCUGGCAGAUAAAAAAUAUGAAUUCAGCAGUGAAAAUGAAGAGAACAGUGAACCCUUGUUUCUCCACUUUCCUCGGCGUAUGAGUCUGUACCCAAAAAACUGUCAUGAUCCUGGUUCUCGGCGGGAAGGGGAGCUGAGUGCCUUUGACCAGCUUCUGCUCAGUUCAACUGGUGUUUCUGUUCAGAGAGGAGAAGGCCUUGACUGUGAUAGCUCUCCCCCCCUGACAGUGUCAAUAAGUGAUUCCUCCAGCUCAUCCUCUGUACUGAGGGAGCUUAAUCACUGUGCCAAGAGCAAUAUGCUUCUCUCACCAAAAGAAACUCGUGACCACAGAGAAGAAGGAAGUAGUCCAAUUUGUGGCAGCAUUCAGGGAAAAGAAACUUGUACUAGUACAGACUCAUCUUACUUAUCUUCCCAGCCACAGAUAGAUUUGUCUCAAGGCUCACUAUCAUGGGUGGCAGACCUGACCCGGUUCUUCGUGGAAGUUGACCAUGAGCUCAUUUCUGUCAUCACUGACAUUGAAGAUGAUGAUCUCAGUGACAUGACAGGCUACCAUAUGGCACUUCCUGUUGAACUCCACGGGUCUUGCUAUAAUCAGCUCCAAAUGAUCUCCCGUAGCAAGCUUUCAACACUGACAAUUCCAACUGUUCAGGUUCGUCAGGUGAGCCUAGAUCUAGAUCAGCUGUGCCUUGAAAUGGCUGAGAAGUUAUGUUUGGAAGAUGGAUUCCGCUACCUCUCAUGUAGGGACUACGAUGUCUCCAUACUGGAGGUGUCUGUUGAUACAGGACAUGUGGAAUGUUGUGCCUUGAUGGUGGUGGAAGCUUCCUCCAAUCAGACCAGAACCAGGCAUGAGCCUCCUUGCCUUUACAAAGGAGGCUUUUUCUUCACCUGGAAUGUUCCACAAGGGGAUUGGAGGAUCACCAAGAAACUGAAUCUGAUCCAAUGUGGUGAUGUCAGGUUCUCCCCCAAGCAUCUCUGGUGUCCUGCUCAAAGAUUAUCCCUUGCCCUGGCCAAGAUCACCUCUCAUGUUUCCCCUCCCUUACGGCAUCUCGACGACCUUAAUGUCUCCCAAGGAGGAGAGUCAUUGCCAUGCUUGGUGGAUCCUAAUCAUUCUGUGAUGAUUGUCCUUGAUCAAAGAUUCCCUGGCCUCCUCCAUCAUAACAAGGUUAUUGCUUCCUUCCCUCUUGUGCCAGAACUGAUACCUUCAGUGGAAAUGGGGUCAUCAAGCAAAUCCAUGAUGUGCCUCUGGGUGAGCAAGCUCAAACAGUUGCAGAGUGGACUAAAGGAGCUGGAGGCACUCCAGCCAUAG